GAGCAUGACCAAGGCGAGUAAAGGGAUCUUUAAAACGGUCACCGAGCACUGGAGACACACGGACAAGAAGACGAGGGUGGUCCGGUCUUCCAGCACGGGGACCACUCAGCCUACAUCCUCGGAAAUGUUCCCCAAAAGAAGAUCCUUCGACCCGCUAGCGACGUUGACCCUCCCGGACCAGACUGCAUGCACCGCGCCACUGGAGGAGAUGCGCCUCACCAAGCCCCGUAACUGCCGGCGCGUUGUAGUACUCGGCGCGCCCAGAGUGGGCAAGACGAACAUUCUCAGGCGGUUCCUGCGCGGCGGGUUCGAGGAACAGUACGAGCCCACGGCAGAAGACUUCCACAGGAAGUUGUACCAGAUCCGAGGAGAAACCUAUCAGAUUGAUAUCCUGGACGCAGCGAAGGAGAGAGACUUCCCCGCCAGACGGAGGCUGUCCAUACUGACAGGUGACAUAUUUCUCCUGGUGUUCAGUGUGGAUGACAGAGACUCCUUCAAAGAGGUGUACACACUGCGCAAAGAGAUAAUAGCAGCCAAGACCAAGCUGAUGAAGCUCAAAGAGAAUGCCCGGGUUCCCAUAGUGAUAUGCGGCAACAAAGUGGACUUAGAGGCGGAGAGGGUCAUCAGUCGUCCGGAGAUGUUCCGAGCUCUUGAGGACACGGCGCUCUUCGAGACAUCAGCCAAAGACAGUACCAGUCUAGAAGAGAUGUUCCAAGCCCUUGUCAAGCUAGGCGGUCUCCCUACCGAGACGCGUCCGUCGCAGCACCGCGAGAUCUCCAUACGUACCUACCAGGCGCUGAGCACCAGCAGAAGCCGUUGCGGCAGACGGAGCCGUGCGUUGGUUCCAGACGCGCCUUGCGGUGCGGUUUACCCACUGGCCCGCCGCCCCAGCUUUAACAGCGACCUACAGCUGGUAAUGGGCCCCAGCCCCACUAAACGGAGCAAACCCAUAGAGAAGUGUCAAAUUCAAUGAAUUGAGGGACUUCUCAGUACAAUACACAUAUUGUAGUAUUACAAUAUAUAACCACUAUGUCAAGAGUUAUACUCUGCUUUAGGCUACUGGCUGGACCAGUUGAGCCAACUGUGUAAAUGUAGAUUUUA